AUGGUCGAGGCUACACGCCUUCUUGACAAAGUGGAGCAGAUGAGUAAACAACGACAUUCUCUUCUUAAGGAUUUGCGCUCUGCUAUCCAUUCUGAUGACAUUACGCCUGAUCUAAUUUCCAAAACAAGCCAAUUAUCAGCAUUCUCUUCAUCCCAACAUUCUCUAUCGACGUCAGAAAUCACCGCGGACUCUUCAGAACAGGAGCAGUGCGACUUACCAGCGAUUUUCCUUGAUCUUUUUAGGGAACGUAUUAAGCAACGGCUUGAACCGACAGUUGAACUUAUUAAGCUUAAUCUCGCUGCCCAGGAUAAUCUUGCUUCUGCACUGAUAUCCUUGAACGCUGGAGUGGCUAAACAAAAGCUACUCAUAAAGCAGACGCGUGAAGCGUAA